AUGGCUGAUAAGGGUCCGUUUUUAACUUCAUGUAUCAUUUUCUUCCUAUCGAUCGGGGCGGCUAUAUUCGAAAUUCUUGAGGAGCCAAACUGGACAUCAGCCAGAGACAAAUAUCUCCUUCAACAGGAGAAAAUUUUGAAGAACUAUGCCUGCUUAACAAGAAAAGAUCUGGAUCAGAUUUUGGAGAUUGUGUCAGAAGCUGCAGGUCAAGGUGUGACCAUCACUGGGGAUAAGGAUCUUAAAAAGUGGGACUGGGCAAACUCUGUCAUCUUUGCUGCCACCAUUGUCACAACUAUAGGUUACGGUAAUGUUGCCCCUAAGACUAAAGGUGGCCGUGUGUUCUGCAUUCUGUAUGGUCUGUGUGGGAUCCCACUGUGUCUGGUGUGGAUAAGUGAGCUGGGUUCAUUCUUUGGAGACCGGGCCAAACGUCUGUCCCAGGUUCUGAUUCGUAAAGGCGUUUCAGUGAAAAAGGUCCAGUUCACCUGCACAGCCUUAUUCCUGUUAUGGGGGCUGCUGGUGCACCUGUUGAUCCCUCCAUUUGUUUUCAUGUCUGUGGAAGGAUGGACCUACCUGGAGGGUCUCUACUUUUCCUUCAUCACACUCACAACUGUUGGUUUUGGAGAUUAUGUGGCAGGUGUGAAUCCAAAUAUCACAUACCCCACACUGUACAGAGUAUUUGCAGAGGUAUGGAUCUACAUGGGCUUGGCCUGGCUGUCUCUGUUCUUCAGCUGGAACGUCCACAUGGUAGUGGAAGCUCACAAGGUGCUAAAGAAAAGAAGACACAGGCACAGACCCUUCAGUGAACAGGAACCCGAGCCUGUAGAUGAAAUGCGCAACCCAGAUGUGAAGCCAAGUGUUAUUGAUAUUUUCAACUUCCUUUCUGAGAAGGAUGAUGACUACAGCACUGUCAUCAAAGAGAUUGCAAUCACAGCGAAAAAAACAAAGCCUACAGAAAACAUAAAUCGCUCACUGAGCUGCGGUGACAUCUUGGCCACUAACAUUGAGACGUUGGAGCAUUCGCCACGGCGCAGACGCAUGAUCAGUAUCAGUGAAGUGUUCAUGAACACAAAGGCCGAACAGGAAAGCAGUGAAGAAGAAGGAAGGCCUUCUUUGAUCCAAGAAAGCCAUGGAAAUCCUGAACCAGCAGAAUGUGUGAGGACAGAUAAUGAGGAGAACGAGGACAGCUGUGCAUUUGAUUCAGAAAAUGAUGGCAUAAACUUUACUGUACCCACCAAAGAAAACACAGAGGAAGACAGUCUACAGCUUAGCGACGGUGGAGGGACUAGGUUUACAAUAUCCAAAGUAUCAGAGGGAGAUUUGUUAACUGAUAAAGAUGAAAAAGGAUAAAAACCAAAAACAGUAGAACCAGUCAGACUGUGUUCUGGGGAGGAGAUUUGUGUGACGGUA